AUGAGAAUUGUUGGUGGGGUUCAAACUGAAAAAUGUGAAUACCCAUGGAUGACAAGAUUGAGGAUGGGAUCAGCAAUGUGUGGAGGAAGUAUCAUUGAUGCUUAUCAUGUUGUAACUGCUGCACACUGUGUUGGACAGAACACUCCUGCUACAAUAUCAGUACAUGUUGGUGAAUAUGACUAUAGAAAUGCAAAUGAACCAAAUGAUCAGGUCGUCCCUGCCGCUGCUAUCAUAAAACACCCAAACUAUCGAGAUUUACCCAAUGGUGAACAAGAGAAUGAUAUUGCCAUCAUCAAACUGGCCAAACCACUUCAAAUGAACAGCUGUGUUCAACCAGUCUGUUUGGCUAAAGCUGGAGAUGGACAGAAACUACCUCCUGGAACCCAAUGUACAACUGCUGGCUGGGGAACAACAUCAACAGGUGGUCAGACAUCACCUAUUCUCCAGGAAACAACCAUCCCAACCUACAGUGGAUACGACUGUAGCAGAUAUUUCUCUCAAACGGUACCCAGUAAUCCUAACCUACAACUCUGUUCUGGACGUCCAGUCAUUGGAGGAGCUGAUACAUGUCAAGGUGAUUCUGGUGGUCCUUUAUUCUGUCCUAUUAAUGGUAGAUAUGUACAGUAUGGUGUAGUAUCCUAUGGAGCAGGAUGUGCUAGUGCUGGUGCAGCUGGUGUCUAUACAGAUGUUGGAAACAUGAGAAAUUUCAUUGAUCAAGUUGUCAAUAAUCAGUUUGGAAAGUAA